AUGCAGUACCUGCAGACGAUGACUAGCCAGAGCCCAGAACAGGACAGGCUGAAUGCUUUGAAUCGCAUGCUGGACCCUGAGUGCCGGGACCCCGCUAUUAGCAGGGCCACAUUCCAAUCCACCAUGAGGGAGUGGAUUGCCCAGUGCAACCAGGAUGGCAUGCAUGAGGACGACAAACAUAUUUCAGGGGAAAACCCUUGUAAAGUGCCUAUAAAUGGGAUGGAUUUCUCUGGUCCUGAGAUCAAAACUGCCUUCUCAGAAGGAGAACAGUGUUAUUGUGACUCCAGGGAGCUGCUGGCCACUGUGGCUGAGCUGAAGCAUGCGCACCAUAGGAUGAGUAAGCAGAACAACAGCCUGUUGAGGACUGUAUCUCAGGGUGAGGACACCAACUUGCAGCUCACAGUGGAGAUCACUGAACUAAGUGCCAAGCUGGCCAGUGCCCAGCGGUCAGCAGGGAGAACCAGGUCCCUUGUGGAGGAGCUGGAGGAGGCCAGGAGAGCCCUGAGGGAGGCAAAGGAGAGAGCCAGCCGAGCCCAGGCUAGCAGCUGCAAACUGAGCAAAGAAUGUGACUGUCUGAAAGCACACAUUCAAUUGCUUGAAGAAAAGAAUGAACAACUCACACUCGAGGGGACUUGUUCUGAAGAUUGUCUCAACAAAUUGAGGAAGGUUAAUGCUGAGAUGAGGGUAGGAACUUUUGGCCAGAACAUCUCUGUCUGUCACUGAGAUAGGAGUCCAGUAAUGGAGAUCCCCUAAUUUGUUUUGCAGGAGGAACUUGAAGAGACCCUUGUCAUGCUAGCUGUAAGAGACAGGGAACUCACUAAGAAAGACAUACUUAUGGAUAAGCUGAAGAACUCUCAUCUGGAGAACCAUA